GCCAUAGACCCAGCCCCCUGUCCCAUCCCAGAGUCAGCCACAUCCCAGCACUGGACGAGGGGUCCCACAUAGACCCAGCCCCCACGCCCCAUCCCAGCGCUGCAUGGCCGGGGUACGUCUGGGGGCUCCUUUGACGUCACAAACCCUGGCGUCGUGGCGAUCGGAACCCCCCCACACACACCGUGGCCACCCCUGGGCCUGGCGAAGGCAGGGUCUGCUGGGGUGGCCCCUGGGUGCGUGGCCGGCGGCGGGAUGGCGUGGAGCUCCUACCGGCGCCUGCCCUCCCGCCCUGCCUCGCCGCCCGACACCUCCGGCUCCUUCUCUUCCAGCAGCCUGGGUGAGGAGCCGGCGUCCCUGCGGCAGCAGAAGCUGGAGCUGCAGCGCCGCAUCUUUGAGAAGAAGCAGCGUCGGAAGCGCCAGGAGCCGCUCAUGGUCCAGGCCAACCCCGACGCCAAGAUGACGGGCCGCCGGGGCCGCCGGCCCGAGGAGCGCAUCCCCCUGAUGGAGUCCUGCAGUGACCACAGCCUCUGCAAUGGAACCAGCAACCCCUUCCUGGUGGAGUCGGUCCCGGAGGCCCAUCGCCCCACUGACGCCUGGGGCAGCUCCGUACACCUGGACAGGGGCCCCCGAGCCGGGGGGGAGGCCGCAGGUGCCUCCGAUGCGGAGCUGGAAGAGGCCGUCCUGGAGGACACACGACCCGUUAACAAGGCCACGGUGGCGCCCAGCUCCACGCGCAAGGGCUGGCCGGCCCGGCGAAGCUGGGCUGGCCACGCUGACGCCCGACGCACCCGGAGCUCGAAGCCAAAGGUGCCAUCGCCUGCACGAGGGGAGCGAGUCCCCUCUGUCAUUGUGGAGUUCAGAGACCCUCAGGACAGCAGCGAUGGGGACACCCCCCCGGAGGCCGGUGCUGCAGGCUGGGAGUCAACCCAGGAGGGAGACUCGGAGGGGGAGAGGCAAUCACCCCAGGACCCCCCCGUACCCCCUUCCCCCCUCAGGAGAAGACAGGACAGGAAGCUCCCCAGCAGAGGAUCCCUGGGCAGCCCCCCUGGGAGCGACGAGGACGAGGAAGGAGACUUCAAUAUCCUCUGCAGAUCCCUGGAGCCUGCGCCGGAGGCUGACACCCCCAGCCUGCCGGAGGAGGCGCCAGGGACCCCGCAGCCCCCACGGCCAGAGGAGCUGCAGGGGUUCGUGCUGCGCCCAGCGCCCCCCGGAGUGACCAUCCAGUGCCGCAUCAGCCGGGACCGCAAGGGGGUGGACAAGGGCGUCUUCCCCUUCUACUACCUCCACCUGGAGAGAGACGAUGGGAGGAAGCUGUUUCUCAUGUCUGGCCGGAAGAGAAAGAAAAGCAAAACCUCCAAUUACCUCAUUUCCCUCGACCCCAUCGACCUGUCCCGGGACGGGGACAGCUUCAUCGGGAAAGUCAGGUCUAACGUGCUGGGGACCAGGUUCACGGUGUUCGAUAACGGGACGAAUCCAGAUAAAAAGCCCUUCGUCCCUGAAACGGCUCCGAUCCGGCAGGAGUUGGCGACCAUUUGCUACGAGACCAAUGUGUUGGGGUUCAGGGGACCCCGAAAAAUGACUGUGAUUAUCCCUGGCAUGAACACGGACAAUGAGCGAAUCAGCAUCCGCCCGAAAAAUGUGAGGCUGCUGGGGAACGCUGGCUGGGGCACUGGUGGGUGGAAGCUCGGAGCGCUGGGGAAUCCUAGCCGGGGCACUGCUGCAGGGAAGCUCGCAGCGCUGGGCAAUGCUGGCUAGAGCACUGUUGUGGGGAAGCUCACAUCACCGGGGAACCCUGGCCAUGACACUUCUGUGGGGAAGCUCGCAGCGCCAGGGAACCCCAGCCGGGGCACUGCUGUAGGGAAGCUCGCAGUGCCGGGGAACCCCAGCCAGGGCACUGCUGGAGGGAAGCUCGCAGCGCCAGGGACACCCAGCCGGGGCACUGCUGUGGGGAAGCUUGCAUCACUGGGGAACCCCAGCCAGGGCACUGCUGUGGGGAGGCUCGCAGAGCCAGGAGACCUCAGGUGU